AUGGCAUUCCACGUCAAACGCACCGACACGGCGCACCUCGAUACCCUGCAGCAGUACAAAGGCAUUCGAUCGACGCGAUGGGAGCGGCCGCCGAAUGGGCUCAGCGUGCUGGAGAUCCAGACGACGCAUACCCCCACGGCGUUGCAGGAGGUGCCUGCGGGGAAGAAUUACUUGACGCCGCCGUAUCAUUGGCAUUGGUAUCAGGAUGAAUUCUUCCACGUGAAAGAGGGACGCUACAUCUUCACCCUCGAAGGCAAAGACACGACCGUCUCCGCCUCCGACCCCCAGCCUGUACGCAUCCCUGCGCGAGCAAGACAUACGUUCAAAGUCGACGAUACAUACGACGGACCGUGCACGGUGGAAAUCACGACGGGCAUUUCGCCCAAAAGCCGCCUCGACGAUCCAGAAGCGAACGGAGCGAGCGAGCAGUUCUUCCGAAAUAUCUACACUUAUUUGGAUGAUUGUUGGUUGCAGGGCGUUGAGCCGUCGCUGCCUCAGUUGCUGCUUAUGCUGGAUGGGGCGGAGAUCAGUAUGGCGUUUCCUUGGGGGCCGGAUUGGCUGAUGAGGCUUGUGACGUAUUCGAUGGGCGUGGUGAUUGGGAGGUGGUUUGGGGGGUAUGUGUUGGGGUACAAGGCGAGUUAUCCGGAGUAUUUUGAUGAGAAGAGGCGGCGGUCGUGA